AAGAGUCAAGGCAUUUAGAUCGAGCGCUUAUGACGUAUAGGGUCGGAAGUCUAAGUUUGCGUUGCCUGUCAGACUGAUAACCCAGAACAGUCUAGCCUGAAAAUCCAACCCAGCCAGCCGGACCACCACACCAAUGGGCCAUCAUCUCGUGUUUGAUGCAUUUCUUCAUUGGUGACAUCGCACCUAGCGGGCAUGUGUUCUGGUCGAACUCGGCACAGUUGGGGAGUAACCACUGAGAAUUGUCACUGGCACAAGAUCCCUGCUGCAACUACCCGUCGCGGUUCCGCGAGAGAUAAAAUCCUGGAAAGUCACGCAUUGACCUUGCUUCCAAUUAAUCGAACGGACCAAUUGCAAGGGAGAGAGAUCCUCUUGAGCGGCGUGUUCGUUUCUCUCGCAGGCUGGCCGAUAGUACUACGGAGUGGUCAACGGAUUUCUUGUUUUGAGGGUAUCUGCUUUUGCACAUCCUCGCUUGCUAUGAGAGUCGAACCAUUGAUCGCGUGGGUGUUCUUGAAGGACGAAGCAGACCCACUUCCCAUGAUCUUUCUUGAUCUCCCGUCACAUGAACUACUGAUCAAGACAUGAAUAUAUACUAUAUAUAUGAACUAUUUCAAUGAGAGGAGCGACGAGCCGGGAAGGCUGCUGCGAGGUGUUCAAGAUAUCGGUCACUUCAUUUAGCAG